UACAUCAUCCAAUCAGAAUCUUACUCAUAUUCCCUCAUAUGAAGAAUCUCCUGUUUAUUCGUAAUGUGUUAAUUUACAGGAAAUGUCUGUUAUGUGGGGGUAUACAAUAAGCUUCUUAGGAAUAAUUUACAGUCUUCAAAAUGGAAGGAGAACGUCUCAUUUAUCAAGUUAUUUAACGCCUUUGUGUUUUGUGUCAUUUCCCAAAGGUUUAUAUCGGACUUCAGUAUUCACAUUUUUCUAAUUGUUUGUGAGAGAUGUUGCUUAUCGGGGUGGUAGUGUGUCUAAUGGUUUAUCCCAUUUUAGGUGAAAGUAAUAAUAUAAUUCGGGAUCUUGUACCUAAAGAAGCCCCUCAGAACUUGUCCAUUAUUGAUAUACACGGAAAGUACCUACAAGUGGAAUGGGACCCAGUUUCCACAGAUUCAGUAAGAGGAACUUUCAGAGGUUAUUUAGUUCGAAUAUGGAACCAUGCUUCAAGUCAAGUUUACGCCAUACCACCAGAAGUUAAUAGAGCUAGCAUUGAAUUCUUUCCCUAUUCGAGGAAUUUUCUCACCGUUUCUGCGAGAAAUAAUAAAUUCAUAGGACCUCCAAGUGAUGCUAUAAGUUUCGAUGCUCCCCAAGGAGCUCCUAACUAUCCAACACUCUUCGAGGCUCACCAAAUAGGAAACAGCUCUCUCUUACUACAGUGGAACAUGCCAACUCAGCCGAAUGGUAUUUUGCUUGGUUACAAAAUUUACUGUACUGAAGUCAAUUCGACUUACGUCAACGAUGCAACCUCUUUUUCUUUUAUUGUUCUGGAUCCCCUAAAAUUCCAGACCAAACUAUCUGACUUAAGACCAGGAGCUACUUACAAAAUUGGUGUUGCAGCGAUCAAUUGUGUGGGAGAAAGUUUGACAAAUUACCUAGAUGUUCAAAUCUACCCCCAUUAUCCUUCACAACCAUCGGUGCCAGAUUUCAAAUACAAUAUCAACUAUGAGGAGAUAGACACUGACGAGAUAUGUAUAGAACCAGUGAAUCAUUUCGAGAAGGAAGACGACGAAUUCUAUAUGACCAAAAUGCAGACUGACUAUUCUUCCAAAUCAUCGAAAAAAGAAAAUCCUUGCUAUGUAACAACAAGGAUUACAUGGAUACCCGAUGUGGGCAAGAAUCCAGGAUCUCACUUCUACGUAAAAUACAGAAUGAAAGGAGCCUCUGAAUACUUUGUGACAGAUCACGAAUUCAACAACGACUUUAUGCUAUUGAAAAAUUUCGACGCCUGCCAGAAUUAUGAUAUUAUUGUUGUUUCGGUAGAUGAUGAAUUCGAAACUGAGAGUAAAAAACUCGAGACUCCUGUAACAAGUUUUCCACCAAAGAUGAAUAAAUAAAAAUUUUUAAUCAAA